CCUAUCGAAAGUCGGCCGUCUCUAGUGAAAAGUGCAAAUAAAAUCACCCGAAAUAGUUUUUCUUUUUAGCAAAUAGCGAAGCACACAAAGAAUCACAGCAUUUAUUAUACUUAAGUAGCCCAUCAGUACUUGUAGUAGUACAUACACAAUCAGGACGAAAAUUCCCUAUUAGGCCCACUCAUUAAGUCACACUCACACUCAUGAAAUACUCAUCUACAAAAGGGACACGGGCUGCUUUUUUAUUGGCACUAUCUUGAGCGUUUCUUGGGAUGUCUCCUUAGGUUAUAGCUCUAGGCUUAGGUUGCUUACUUGAUACUCGACACACAAAUAUUACUUUCUGUAUUUUGUCUUAUUACAUUGCACUGUUUCGAAUCGAAAUUUUCAAAAUGACCCACAUCCAGACUAUAGAAAAUGUGGCAGACUGCACUCCUCUUUACCUGCCGCACAGCUUGUACCUCAAGCCUCUGGCCAAAAUGCAAAUCUCCGUGUCGCUGCCAUCAAUCAAGUCCGGUAAAUCCGUAUCUAACCUGGAGAUAAUGGACAAACUGGGCGCCGAGCUCAAGCCUGACAAGUUUCUGCUGCUCAAAGUCUCAAAAAGCACUGUAAACACCAUCCGACUGGAAGCUGAGCUGGACGAGCGGAAACGUCUUAGGGCGGCCAUCCAACGUUUAGAUGGCAUUUCGUUACGCAUCUCCGGCUUUAGUGAGUCGUUCCGAGUGCGUUGUACAGAGUUUAAGGAUGACUUUCCAACGCGACACGACUGGGACUCUUACUUCCGGGAUACCAGAAACAUGGAUGAAAUGAAGGCAGGUGAACGGCCGGACACCAUUCACAUCAGCCAUCUGCCCAUGCGUUGGUUCUGUCCGCGGCACUCGGAGCACGAAGAGCACGUCAAGCCCAGCGAGAACAUCUUUAAACGAAUCUUUGAAAAAUUUGGACGCGUCCGGAUGGUGGACGUACCUAUCUGUGAUCCGUACCGGAAGAGCAUGCAGGCGGACAUUAACGGCAUGCGGACGUUUAGCUUCGAGCAGGAUGUUCUAUUCGAAGCAUAUGUUCAGUUUGAGGAGUACUCCAGCUUCGUCCGAGCCAUGGACGAGUUCAGGGGCACUAAGUUGGUCCGGAAGUUUGUGGACAAGACUCAAGCCAUCAACAUUUAUGUGAGCUUCGACAAACAGAAGCAUUUGAGCGACUUGCACAUACAGCGCAGAGAGCGGAUGCGAAAAAAGUGCAUCGCAAAAGCCCAGGACGAGGACGAAGAGCGGGAAAAACUAAAAAAACAGCAGGAAGAACAAUUGGAACGCGAAAGGCAAAAGCAAGAAGAGUUUAAAAAAGCGGAAGCGGAAAAGCAGCGUGAACGCGAAGAAAGACGCAAAGAAAAACACAUGAAAAAGAUCCAGGAGCGCGGCCAAGUGGAAAUCUCGCAAAAGAUUCGCAUCGAGGAGCGCAAGCUGAUGAUAGCGCAACGCAAGCUGGAGAGCAUACGGACUCUUGAAAAACUAUUUGAGCGAAUACAGCUGAAACAACAGGAUAAAAGCCGGCGAGCCAAACAAGAUGAAGAUAAGGAUAUCCAACGUGGUCGUCUGGUCGAAAAGUACAAGGCUGCCACUGAGAAGCUUAUUUGUGAUCAGCGUAAAAUCGUACAGGAAAUUAAAAGCAAUACUCCUCUUAUUGGGCUUCUAAAGAGCAAGUCCAAAAAGACCACGGCGCCCGUAGACGCCAGCAGCGAAGACGAAGCGGCGGCCAGUAAGCGGCACAAAGUGGGCAACGGCGUAACGGAAUCCGCAGCACCAGGCGAUGUUAACUCCGCACUGAACCCUUUGAAAGCGGUGGCCGCAAUGGCUGCGGGCGCUGUUCCUGGAGCAGGAGGCUACAGUGCUGAGGCUGCCAGCGAAUGGAUGCAGUCUCUUUCGAUGUUCGGAUACGGCCUACCAGGUGUAUUUCCUGGAGGGCUUUAUCGGCCGCCUGCCCCGUUUCCAGUUUUAAGCAAUUAUCGUGGAUUUGCUCCGAGACCUCGCGGUCGUGGAAGAGGGCGUGGCAUCGGGAUGAGAGGAAGUCGUUCCGGAUAUGAUUCCUAUUACAACUCGAAGCAUGAUCGCUACGACGACGAGGGCGACAAUGGCUACUACCAAAAGUCUUCAAGGGGGAGAAAUAGGUCGCGUUCUUCAUCUUCGUAUUCAAGGAGCCGAAGCCGAUCCCGUGGACGCCGUAUUGUUUGUCGUUCUAGACGUUCGAAGUCACGCAGUCGCUCCCACUACCGAAAGUCAUCUUACUCAUCGAGAUCCAGGCGCAGCCACAGCAGAUCCUCCCGCAGCCGCAGCAAAACGCCGCCACAGCGCAAAAAUCGAAAGCUGGCAUCGACGCGCCGAUCUCGUUCCAGCAGCUAUUCCCGGUCGCGAUCACGCUCACACUCCUGCAGGCGAUCUAGUUCCCGCCGGGAUCACCGGAGCCGACAUCGUAGCAGUCGCAGUAUCAGCAGAAGCCGCAGUCAUACGCCGAAAGAAGUGAUACUAGAGGCCGACAAGUUGGUGGCCUCUGCCGAAAAAAUACAGCGCACCAUCGAACAGCGCACCAAGGAUAGAAUGCGUGUGGAGGAACGUGAAAUCAAGGAGAACUUCAGACACCCCCGUACCAACAGCAACCACUUAGCCGCCAACCUGCAAGAGGAGGCCAACGAAAGACGUGACAGUAACAGUAACCGCAGCAGUCGCCGUAAUUCACUGACUGUCUGAAACAUAUUCACUAGUUUCGUUGUUAGUAAGAGUUCCCCAUUAAUAAAUAUUUCAGUUGUUCUCCAAUUA